CGCGCCGCCCCGGCCCCGCCGCCAUCUUUUCCCGCCGCCGCCGCCGCCGCCAGCGCCCGAGAUGUCGGCCCCCUCGGCCCCCAGCGCCCCUCCCCCCGCGGGCGAAGGGGGGGGCCCCCCCGCCCCUCCCCCCAACCUCACCAGCAACCGGCGGCUGCAGCAGACCCAGGCCCAGGUCGAUGAGGUGGUGGACAUCAUGCGGGUGAACGUGGACAAGGUGCUGGAGCGGGACCAGAAGCUGUCGGAGCUGGACGACCGGGCGGACGCUCUGCAGGCCGGCGCCUCCCAGUUCGAGACCAGCGCCGCCAAGCUCAAGCGCAAGUACUGGUGGAAGAACCUCAAGGUGAGACCCCAAAACCG